GUUCACUACGCGUCUCUACUGCGCAGACUCACUCCGGCUCGAGUCUCGCUUCCCACAGAGGAUUUCUAGUCUCCUUAUAAAGCUCUUAGGAGCUCAAAACCACCAGUAAAGCUGUAUAAGCACCGGGUUGACGGGAGCGAAGGUAGCGGCGCAUCGUACGGGGAGCUGCCUGCCGAGAUCGCCAUGAGUUACAAACCCAUCGCCCCUGCGCCAUCCGGCUCCAACCACACACCUCCAGGCUCCUCGGUGCCCUCUCCAUCCCUGCCCUCGUCGUCCAACUUUAGGCCAGCUUUUAGUGACUUUGGCCCACCCUCCAUGGGCUUUGUUCAGCCAGUCAAAGUUUCUCAAGGAUCCACCUACAGUGAGCUUCUCUCUGUCAUUGAGGAAAUGAGCCGUGAGAUCAGACCAACGUACGCUGGGAGCAAGAGCGCUAUGGAGAGGCUAAAGAGAGGUAUAAUCCACGCCCGUGCACUGGUCAGGGAGUGUCUUGCAGAGACGGAGAGAAGUGCCCGCACAUAACCUUUUCAAAAGCUCCCUUCACUCUUCAUUCUUUCCCUCUUAAAAAAAAAACCCGGUCUUCAUUCAGAUCCCUAUCGUCUGUUUUCCAACCAAAUCUUUUCACUUAUUACUCUCUUCUAAAAGGAUUUUAUAGAUGCAUUACAACGUUAUUGUCUCCAUCGUUCCACCACACCGUUUGGCUCAACACAAACUUUGUGUUUAGACAAAAUCCAGUUUUGCAUUGAUUUCUAAAUUUCAUAACAUUUUAAAUCUGAGCUCUGUGUUAAAACCUUAAUAUGGAUGGUAAUAUUUGAAGUAGUAUUUGUUCAAUAAUGGAAAUUAAGCCAAUAUAUCAGCAUUUUUUGAAAAUGACAUUUUUGUUGCAACUCGACCACCGCUUUAGGUUUGUUUUUGGAUCAACCCCUGAAUGUUUUUUGUUAAUUGGGACAUUUUCAAUAUACCCCAUUUCUAUCCAUCCUCACUUUGCUUUAUUGUAAUGUGGACACCCAUUACAUAGUUUCUCCAUCCUCAAAACACUGUACAUCUCAAGUCAAUUUGUUAGUAUGGAAAUUUUGUAAACCGGAUUUUUGCAGUUAUGUAUAUCUUAAUUAAAUAAUAGAAAAAAAUA